CCACUCACACUCUCUCUCUUUCUCACCAUCAAAAAUAGUACACAAGCCCUCCUUUUAUUCUUACCACUAUAACAACAAACAUUGCCAUAUAUAUACACAAAACAAAAACAGAGUGAGUGAACAAACAAAGAAGAAAGAGAGAGAAAAACAAACAAUGGCAGCCGGUGAAGGUGGUGGUGGUGGAGGAGGUGGAAAGGUUGAUGAGUUUCAACCUCAUCCUGUCAAGGAACAACUUCCUGGUGUUGAUUACUGCAUUAGAAGCUCACCUUCAUGGCCUGAAGCGAUUUUUCUUGGGUUUCAACACUACCUUGUCAUGCUUGGAACCAUUGUGAUUAUUUCAACCUUACUUGUUCCUUUGAUGGGUGGUGGAAAUGUGGAAAAAGCUCAAAUGAUCCAGACAAUGCUUUUGGUUGCUGGAAUCAAAACAUUGUUGCAAACUUUGGUUGGAACUAGACUUCCUGUGGUUAUAGGACCUUCCUUUGCUUUCCUUAUACCAGCUAUUUCUGUUGCUUUCUCAACUAGAAUGAGCACAUUCCUUAAUCCUAAUCAGAGGUUCAAGCAAUCCAUCAGAGCUGUACAAGGUGCUUUGAUAAUUGCUUCUUUUGUUCAAGCCAUGAUUGGAUUUUUUGGGUUCUGGAGUAUUUUUACAAGGUUUCUAAGCCCUCUAAGUGCCGUUCCACUUGUUACUCUUACUGGCUUAGGACUCUUUGUAUUAUGGUUUCCAAGAUUGGCUGAUUGUGUUGAAAUUGGUCUCCCUGCAUUGGUCAUUCUGGUCAUCCUGUCCCAAUACAUUCCACAAAAGAUGAAAUCAAGAGGUUUCGAUCGAGUUGCAAUAGUAGUCACAAUUGGAAUUGCAUGGACAUUUGCUGAAAUUUUGACUGCAGCUGGUGCAUAUAACAAAAGACCACCAAUGACUCAAAUCAACUGCCGUACUGACCGAUCUGGGUUGAUUACCGCCGCUUCUUGGAUAAAAGUUCCAUAUCCAUUGCAAUGGGGAAGUCCUACUUUCAAUGCUGGUGAUAUAUUUGCAAUGAUUGCUGCUUCUCUUGUUGCUAUUGUAGAGUCAACCGGAACAUUCAUUGCGGCAUCGAGGUUUGGCAGUGCAACACCAGUUCCACCUUCUGUGCUUAGCCGCGGCGUUGGCUGGCUGGGUGUAGGCACUUUUCUGGAUGGCCUUUUUGGCGCAGCUACUGGAUCUGCUGCAUCAGUCCAAAAUGCAGGACUGUUGGGUCUAACACGCGUUGGGAGUCGAAGAGUCAUUCAAAUAUCAGCUGGAUUCAUGUUUUUCUUCUCUAUAUUUGGCAAAUUUGGAGCAGUGAUUGCUGCAAUACCAUUGCCAAUAAUAGCAGCUGUAUAUUGCGUCCUCUUUGCUUAUGUCGCAUCGGCCGGACUUGGUUUUCUUCAAUUUUGCAAUCUUAACAGCUACAGAUCGAUGUUCAUCGUUGGCUUUUCUCUCUUUCUCGGUCUAUCCAUUCCACAAUAUUUCAACCAGACUAUCGUUCUAUCUGGACACGGCCCUGUUCAAACUGGCUCCACCUCGUUCAACAAUAUAGUGCAAGUAAUUUUCUCAUCUCCAGCUACUGUGGCGAUUAUAGUUGCUUACUUCUUGGAUGCCACAAUGAGUCCUGCACAUGCCUCAACUCGCCGAGAUAGUGGGAGACACUGGUGGGAAAAAUUCAGGAGCUACAAUCAGGAUAUCAGAAGUGAUGAGUUCUAUGCAUUGCCUAUGAGACUUAACAGAUUUUUCCCUUCACACUGAAUGCACUUACUCUACAUUUCAAAAAAACGACAUUAAUUUUGUUGAUAAAUUAGAGUCCACAAUCCCUUGGUAUUUAGUAUUACUAUCUCUACAUAAUAGGCUGUGCAGAUUGCAGAAGAGUGACAUAUCAAAACAAUACUUGUAGGAAGAUUCAUUAAAAGUUAUACUCUUUGCGUAUUACUUAAUAUAUUACGUCGUUUAAGGUUAUGCA